AUGCCCAAAGUGUCGGAAAGUUCGGAUGAUGGUUGGCCUGCACCUACAAAGCGACAGCCUCGAGUUGUGCCAACGAGUGUCCACCAGCCACGUGAAAGUUCGAAUCUGAUGCGAGCCGAGAUUUCCGACGUUAAGCAUCGCAGAUUUGAGCUCCACUACGAGUCAGAUAAAAAUGAGUCUGCUUUUCGUUUUCAGCAAAAGGAAUUGGCUGCUGCAAACGGUCAAUCAUUGACGAAGCAUGACGAACAGAAGUCUGAAAUGAGGUCGGUUUCCUCUUUUCUGGACAAACAGCCAAGGAAUGACACCAUGCUUUAUCAAGAAACGGACUUAAAGGCCGAAGAUUACUAUGAACUAGAGCAAAAAGUGGCACUUCUCAAACGAGUUCAUCGAGGAGAAUUUAUUUUACUGAAUGAAGACUUGACGAAGGACCAGCUUCUGCUUAGUGCGCUCACUUGGAAUAUGGAUUUUCUUAAUAUCUGUGAAACUGUUGUUGCACCGGCUCCUAAAUACCAAGGUAUGGAUUCAUCGAUCCUUCCUUGGAGAAUUGAAAAUCACGCAGUCUACUAUGACUUGAUCGACUUCGUUCAGCCCGGCAAAGAUCUCCCGCAAAUGGCUACUCCUAUCACAUUCCUUGAGCCGCAGCUACUUCUAUGCGUCGGCUUUGACGAGAAAAGCAACAACAAAGAGCAAGUGCAAACCACUUUGAAACGAAUACUUGAUGAUGGAUUUAUCUUGGACCCACUCCAAGAAAUCGUCUAUGGAGUAAAGGCUUUAUGGAAGUGCCCAGAUGACGGCAAAUACAUUCGCGUCGUUACGCUUGCCUUGGACAAUAACAUAGGAGCCAGAGAAGAGGCGUGGGUUGUGACUUGUUUGGAUUCUGUUUGCUUGGAACGCGACAAGACUUUUGUUGUGCAGGGAAGCGAGCUGUUUGUGAUACCUGACCAGCUUAGUAUCAAGAACAUUCCCGCCCAGCUAUUUAUCAUGCAACUCCGUGGAUUAGAUCAUAUACGCGAGGUAAGCAUUAUCUUGAUC